AUGGACGGUCAACGACAAUACAUCCCGGGACCACCACCCACGCAGCAUCCCAUUAACCUACCUCCGCCUCCUCCACGACACCCCCACCAACACCAGCCAGUUCAGCUUCAAACCGGGGUACCGCCACCACCCCCUGGGCCCCCUCCAGGGACAGGGUACGGAGCACCCACCGGAUGGCAACAAAGCUGGGGUAGGCAGGCCCUGCCUGCUGGCUUUCCCCCUCCACCCCCUCCGCCGCUGCCACAGAAUCAACAUAUCGCAGCAUACCGUCCACCUGCUCCGCUCUCGAUCGUGCCCCCGCAUGACAAGCAGCCGCUCACUUCGGCAACCUAUAUACCCGGAAACGACACCAUUGGUGUCGGCAUCCCGCCCUUGUUCGAGACUAAUGGGCAACCGUAUGAUCCCUACACUCAACAACGGCAGGCAAGUAGCCAGACAUAUCAUCCUGGCACUGAUGGGACCUAUAACCCGCAGACUCCAGGGACACGGGUCACUCCUCCGUUCGCCCUACACAACAAUGUCCAUGAGUUGGUGACCAACGACAAUCCGUCGCAAAACUCAAUUCCUCAAAACAUGGAUCUCACCAAAUCGCCGAGCCAUCGGCAUCAGAUUAGCGGUGCAUCAUUAGGUGGAAUGUCCCCUAGCGAGGCUGCCGUUCAAUGGCCGCUCGAUCGAGUUCUUCUUUGGCUUGCGAGAAACGGAUUUUCCAAAGAUUGGCAAGAAACUUUCAAGUCUUUAGAGCUACAGGGGGCUGACUUCCUUGAGCUUGGCUUGGCAUCUGGUGGACGUGGAAAUCUUGGAAAAAUCCACAAAGUUGUGUAUCCCCAGUUGGCUAAGGAAUGUGCUCGAAGCGGCACCGGAUGGGAUUCGACCAGGGAGCGAGAGGAGGGCCUGCGCAUGCGCAAGCUGAUCCGCCAGAUUCAUGAUAACGAAUCGGAUUCCUCAAUUUCAACACCGAUGCGCGCAGAGCCACCGGCUUGGGCUAGUACAUCGGCUGAAAGUGGAACUGGAUUCCAUUCAGGUCAAUUGACUGAGCCUCGUUCGGCUGGUCCGACGCCCGGUGUCAAUGAUAUCACCCCAGAACAACUAGCAAGCUCUCAAACUGCGGCUAAUGCCCAAAAGCCGCCGCAAAUGCGCUCUGUUACCUUGCCAAUUCCCUCGGGUCAUGAUUCGCCAAUGUAUGAAUCUCCCUCGCGUGAAUCUCCCUCUUGGCUACGCUCUGAUUAUUCCAGAAGCGCCCUUGCGACAGCCAAUGACCAUAGACGACAAAGCCCCUCUGUUUCCAGCGAGAACGGUGCUCUACCGCCAUCAUUACGUGCUCAGGAUAGCCCAAAGAGUGGCAGUCCGGCUACCCAAUAUGUGACUCCUUCAUACGCAGGGUUAACAUCUUCGUCGACCGGAGAUUUGACGUUGAAGUAUGAGCAUUCUCGGGUAAAUAGCACAGAGUCCAUCCCGGGUGCCGGAAGGGGCUCUGCCACGAUGGGCCGGUACUACGACAGCCGCAGACAAGGCCAAGACAUUACUCGUCCAUCGCCCCAGGAUGCAAGCAAGCCAUUUGGUGGAGAAACGUCGUCAUCUUAUUCUAGAGACCAUGGCAAAAGCAUUUUGAAUCUGUUCACAAGGAAAAAGGGCCACAAGACUGACAUUUCAAGUCAUCCGUCCCCAGACGAUCUGGAGUCUCCUCCAAGUCCCGAGGCUCGCGCGAACGGCUAUCUCCCGUAUCAGCCUGCCUUCAAUUCAAGUGACAUGUCCUUGGGCGAGCGUCCAUCCUCGGCUACCACGGUCAAGACAAAGAAGUGGAUCUUUGCGACCAUGGAUGGUGUCAACUAUCGCUUGAUUGAUGUUUCUGAUUGGGACUCUGUGGAGGCCCUGCGCGCUGGGAUCUGCCAGAACUUGGGGAUCUCCGAUUGGAGCAGUGCCCAGAUUUUCCUCACACAGCCCGGACAGAGUGAGCACGAGGAUCCCAUGAGUGAUUCCAUCUUAGCAGUUAGCCGCAGAACCAAAUCCGACCCGUAUGGCUCUCUGAAGGUGUUUGUGAAGGGCGCCCCUACUCAUGUCCCAGUGAACCAUCUUCCCCGGUUCGACGGUCUUGGGGUUUCCAUCCCCACUGAUAAAGCAGCUCAAUCUCCCACGGCGGCUCAUGCUCCCAUCCAUCGGAAACCGCUUGAGGAAGGAGCUUUAAAUAGACUGUCACCGCAAGCUCAGACUAAGCCCAACCCCGACAUUCUAGGGUCCCGACAGAAUACACUGAAGGCCUCAACGGGAAAGACGUUGCCAGAUGGUUCCCCAGACCCAAGCCAGACACUGGAUGCUGAAAAGUCGGAUCUGCUUGCACGCCAUGAGGCACACAUGCGCGAGGUUGAGCGUAAGCAAAAGGAACAUCGUAUUUCUCGAGUCCCGCCGCCCAUGACGCAGCAGCCGCGGAAGGAUACAUACGGAGAAACUGGGUACAGGCGUGAAGGUGUGAUUGAUUUCGAUUCGCCGCGCAUCUCGCCGUACGAAGAGAAGAAAUCUGAAAAGGCUGACACCCUGGUGCCUCUACGAAAACCACCAGUCGCGCCGAUUGAAUCCAACACUCUUACCAAGGUCAACUCGCUGAGAAAGGCUCCUGGUGAGCGAGCGGAUCGUCACCGACCCCAGCCACAGUCUGCAGGGCAGACUCACGGUCUUGGAGCUGUGUUGGCAAGCGUUGGUCGAAUGACCAGUGCCAUUGGCACUCCAUCUCCUUCAGUCCCGGUUCCUUCGACACCUUCAUCCAACAAUCCAGGCAGUGCCGGUUCUGACUCAGACCGGCCGAAUACGAUGGAUUCUGUGGCAACCGCCUCAAGCCGAACGACCCUAGGUAAGGCACAUUAUCGCGACGAAGUUCAAAAAGCUUCACUAUUUGAGACCAUCAGUGCUGACGUGCUGGCCAAUCUAGAUUCCGGGAAGACUGCCCCCAGCUUUGCCUCGGAGCAAGUUCAACGGUCCCCCUCCUCGUUCGCUUCUCGCUCUGCCACAAAUACAUCUUCUCCUCAAAGCUCAAUCUCACAGAAGCCGACGUUGCAGUCUCGCAAGUCAUUCGGUCCCGAGUUUGACUUUGAAGAGUCCCAAGUGUCCUUCUUACGAAGCCCGGAACAGUCGACGGGACAACCUGAUGACGACGAUGAUGAUUCUUCUGACGAUGGACUCUUCGCAAUUCGACCUUCAAGAAAUGAGCCCCAGAAGUCUGAGCCAGAGCCCGAAAAGAGACGCAAGCCGUCUCUCAGCCUAGAUACAGACAAUGCCAAGCCCCGUCGGGUUGUUAGCUUCAUCUCCCCCAAUACUACUUCUGGGAAGAGCUUUGCUACUCCGGCAGGAGAUACUUCUGGUGGUGACACUUCCGAGUCGCCAGAGAAGUUCUCGGGCACCUUCUAUGGAGCGGACUCCUCAGAUGACGAACAGCCCCCGCGGAGAGAUUCGUUUGCCAAUGGAGACGUCUGGGCUAGCAGACCUGCUGUGGAGGGCGUUAUCGAUAACCUCGAUAGCUUCUUCCCGGAUGUCGACCUCGAUGCUCCUUACCUAGAGGAGCCUCCAUCCCCGAGUCACAGCAAAACUGACAUUGAUGGCGGAGCAACCAUCAGAGGCAAGCAGGAAGCUUCGCCUGCGCUGCAGCCCGUUGUCGAUUUAAGCACUUUCAAUCCAGACAUAUCGACAAUGCGUCCCCCGCCGCCCCCACAAGGUGCAUCGAUCGUUGCCAGACGUAACGUGGACCGCAGUGGUGGCUUGUCACGGAAGAAGUCAAUUCGUGAAGUGGCAAGAGGUGCUGCACACAGAACUAAGAGUAUUGGGUCCGCCGGGCCUCAACAGUCGAGCAACCUGCUUCGCCGGAAGAGUACGAAGAUGUUCGGUGCCAAGAUCAUGCAAAUCAGCCCCAAGCCCGGCACUAGACUCAGCCAACUUGAUCCUAUCCCUCAAAACGCCCCGGCUCCAGGACCGAGCGGGUCUGUCCCACAACGCCAGCCCACGUUCCGCAUCAUCCGUGGUCAACUUAUUGGAAAGGGAACCUACGGUCGUGUGUAUCUGGGCAUGAACGCAGACAAUGGUGAGGUCUUGGCUGUGAAACAAGUUGAGAUCAAUGCCAGGCUCGCAGGAACCGACCGAGAUCGUAUCAAGGAGAUGGUGGCUGCUUUGGAUCAGGAGAUUGACACGAUGCAGCAUCUCGAGCACCCCAAUAUCGUACAAUACCUGGGUUGUGAACGAGGCGAAUUGUCAAUCUCCAUCUACCUGGAGUAUAUUUCUGGUGGUUCCGUUGGAAGUUGUCUUCGGAAGCAUGGCAAAUUUGAAGAGAGUGUUGUGAGAUCUUUGACACGGCAAACGCUCGAUGGUCUUGCCUAUUUGCAUGAUAUGGGUAUUCUUCACCGUGAUCUCAAGGCGGAUAACAUCUUGCUUGACCUUGAUGGUACUUGCAAGAUCUCCGACUUUGGUAUCUCGAAGAAGACCGACGACAUCUACGGCAACGACUCGACCAAUUCCAUGCAGGGCUCAGUCUUCUGGAUGGCACCGGAGGUCAUUCAGUCGCAGGGCCAGGGAUAUAGUGCCAAGGUUGACAUUUGGUCACUUGGCUGCGUGGUAUUGGAGAUGUUUGCAGGUCGUCGACCGUGGAGCAAGGAAGAGGCUAUUGGUGCUAUCUUCAAGCUGGGCAGUCUCAAUCAGGCCCCGCCCAUUCCCGACGAUGUGUCCAUGAACAUCAGUCCUGCAGCGCUUGCUUUUAUGUACGACUGCUUUACUGUGGAUUCAUCUGAACGUCCCACUGCUGGCACUCUACUUACCCGCCACCCCUUCUGCGAGCCAGACCCCAAGUACAAUUUCCUGGAUACGGAGCUAUAUGCCAAGAUCCGUCAUGUUUUGUGA